GGUUGAGGUGUAUAAAGACUCGGGCCCGGCGUUGUCGUUCACAGCAGAAUCCUCUGACAGGUGAAAACUUCUCGCUUCUGAAAGGAUCCACAUCGUUUAUCUGACAGAAAACAAGAUGAAACUCGACAUCGCCACACCCGCCCGCUCCCUCCGUCCAGCAGCCGCCAUGUUUGUCCUGCUGCCGCUGCUCCUGAUUGGCUGGGCCGAGCAGGGCACAGCGCACCCUGUUGACCGCCCGCUCAGCCACCCGCUACGAAACAAAGAGACGUACCGGGCUGUCCAGGAUGUGUCCAAACACGCUCAGAGUUUACAGACGGACGACGACUCCAGCACCAGACUGAUGCCUCGGGUCAACAUCGACCAGGACCACCUGAAGAUCUGCUGCCUCCACGCCAACAUCCUCGACUUCUACCUGCGCAACAUCCUGGUUCAGCGUGACAACCAGCAUCCCAAGAUGCACCGGCUGAAGACUGACCUCUCCCGCGUCAGCGAGGACCUGCAGACCCAAGGCUGCAAUGUGACUCACUACCACGACCAUCGCCACGCUGUCGAGUUUCGCAAGAAGCUCAAAGAGAUGGAGGGCGAGCGAGGGAUAAACAAAGCCAUGGGAGAGAUAGACAUCCUCUUCACGUACCUGCAGGAUUUCUGCAUCCAAGUGAAAAACUCCACCGUCGCCGCCAUCGCCGGCGCCGCCGGCGCCGCUCACUGACGCCUCCGCUUCCACUGAGCGGACACGUUUCCUACUUAACUAUUUAUCACCUUUUAUACGUCCACUUUUAUACUUUAACUUAUUCAUGUAUUUAAUUUGAGAAGGUAUUUAACAGUUUUUUAUAUUUAUGAGAACUCGGUUGUGACUGAUUAGUUAUUGAUCAGUUUAUUGAUCAGGAUAUCUGAAUACCGGA